AUGGUUAUGACCACUAUGAGUGACAGUAAAACCAAGUCAAAAACAGAAACUCUCAAGUUUCUAUGUAGUUACAGCGGUAAAAUCCUUCCUCGUUCCAGUGACGGCGUUCUCCGUUACGUCGGUGGAGUAACCAGAGUUCUUGCCGUCAAUCGUUCUAUAUCCUAUGCAGAGUUGAUGGUGAAGCUAGGUGAAUUCUCUGGGUAUUCGGUGGAAUUAAAGUGUCAGUUACCGAACGGAGAUCUGGAGACAUUGGUUUCAGUAAAAUCAGACGAGGAAUUGACGAACUUGAUUUCAGAAUAUGAUAGAUCUUGUCCUGGUUCGAAGAUUAGAGCUAUUUUGUUUCCCCCGAAAUCGCUCAAGAUAAUCUCUCCUCCGACGUCAUAUGCUUCUAGCAUCGAUUUUUCACCUACUAAAUCGGAUUUCAAUUUUUACCGAUCUGGCAGUUGUUCCCCUCCGGUUGGAUAUGGAGGCCGUUACAGUCCUAGCCAUCGACUGGAAGUACUACGUAAGAAGUUAUGGUGGGAAUCAGAACAUUUGGUUGCGGACCAGCUGAGUCGCUGA